GGGUGUUGGAGGGAAGCUUGCAAGCGUAGCAGGAAGUUCUUACCCGUGGUGCUGACGUAAUCGCGAUAUGAUGGCGGGCUCUUUUCACUGUUCAGAACGUUCAGAACUUGUUGAUUGCGACUCCCUAGCUACGCUCUUGACAAAACGCGGUUCUGGAAAAUGCAUGGAUUUUAUGCCUUUCCUUCCAGAGACAGAGAAAAGCAGAAAUACUAGUCUUCCUGCACCGCCCGAUAAUAGCAUUUAUUGCAUCAACACCCGCUUGAUUACUUCAAGUGAUGAACUAUACUGUGUUAAUGGGUCAGUGCGAAAUGCGCGCGUACGCAUCACUGCUCUGCACCGACAGCUCGUCGAAGUGCGCAUUCCACAGACAGGCGAAGUUCAGUUCACCGAAUUGGACAGUCAACGGUCAACCCCCUCAUGCGUUGUACUCGACCUUCGUACUGAUGCAUUCGCACACAGUCAACUGUACACAGCGCUGUCCAGGGUGCGGAAUUGUGACGACAUUCCGGCAUUGUUUUCAGGCAAGAAUGAAGAAAGGGAGACGGAGAACAUAAUUUACUUUUCAUUACUGCUGCAAAACAAUCCCAGAGGAUGACAAUAUACGAUACGACUGAACCGUCUACGGGC